GCUAGCUCUUCCCUGCCGUAAGGACAAGGCAGCUGCGCCACCGCCACCACUGAAGUGCGGCUACAAAAAGACUUUCAAGCGACUUCCACAGACUCGCACCAGCCCCUUCGCGGGCGCACUUGGCUCUAGGCCUCCUUUCUUUAGACGCCAGCAAAGAUGGGUCUGAUGGUUUCUAAGGCCCUCAGCCGGCUCUUUGGCAAGAAGGAGAUGCGCAUUCUGAUGGUCGGUCUGGACGCCGCUGGUAAGACUACCAUCCUCUACAAGCUGAAGCUGGGCGAAAUCGUGACGACUAUUCCCACCAUCGGCUUCAACGUGGAGACUGUGGAGUACAAGAACAUCAGCUUCACCGUGUGGGAUGUCGGUGGCCAGGACAAGAUCCGCCCUCUGUGGCGGCACUACUUCCAGAACACUCAGGGCCUCAUUUUCGUCGUGGACAGCAAUGACCGCGAUCGUAUUGGGGAGGCCAAGGAUGAGCUGCACCGCAUGCUCAACGAGGACGAGCUGCGGGACGCCGUGCUGCUGGUCUUCGCCAACAAGCAGGACCUGCCCAACGCCAUGAACGCGGCGGAGAUCACGGAGAAGCUGGGCCUGCACGGCCUGCGCCAGCGCCACUGGUACAUCCAGUCCACGUGCGCCACCAGCGGCGAGGGCCUGUACGAGGGCCUGGACUGGCUGAGCCAAAACAUCCAGAACAAGUCGUGAGCGAGCAGAGUGGUACAGUGAGACAGACUAGCGAGAUGUGGCUGAUGAGGGCGUGGGCCAUGGCUGCGGCCCCAGGUACAGGAGUUCUGGCGGGUGGAUGUGUCGGGAUGCGUGGUGCGCGUCGUCAUGCAGUCGGGUGGUCAUGCGCGGAUAGCCAUCGCAGCGCGGGCUCGCAAUGCCAUUAGCCUGCUAGUAGAUGUGCACAUCGCGGGCAUGUUAGAUUGUUUAGGUCCCUUAUGCUGAACCAUUAUUUCUCCAGAAGAAGGCAUGCAAUACCCUGUCGCUUGCACGGUGACGCUUGACCCCUGGCAUGGGUAGUGCGGUGUUGUUGAGGGCUCUGCCAUUUCAGGGCCCGCAUGUAACUUUAACCGCAUGUGACAUAUUGACUUUCAUCGGAGGCGCGCUGUGUCCUGGGGCGCUCCUUGUGGGGUAGACAUUGGGCGGGUGCGCUUGUGGGAGCGCCGGCGCGCAGGUUUGCAGUGAUGCCUGGUGUCCACAUCAGCCUUCCUUGCAGUCUACCAUGAUUGAGGUGCUCGCAACUGCAAGCAGGUUGACCUGCAGACGUCAAUGUGACGUAUGCUCUACGCCGUGCUCACGCCUACCGCUACCUGACCGGCAUGAGGCGGGAACCCAUGUAGAGGGUUGCAAAUUUCCAUGUUGUCUGGGAUCCAUUUGAGCAAGACAAAAGGAAGCCAUUCACAGCCUUGGUGGUAGGAGUUUGGAUUGCGUUGUGCUACAUUGACAGCAGUUACCGCACCGUACGGUACAAUCUUCAUACACACCCCAACACUGGCUGUCCCGAGCCCCGAGUGGAUUACCCUCCCUUGCCAAUGGCGGGAGUCCCGAGAAGCCUGCGUGCGACCCGUGUAGGUACAGCACAGGAGAGGCCUCUUCUGGUACAGCGUUCCCCAAACGGUCUAAGUAAAGUGUGGGGAGGCGGGCCAGGGGUGUCGGAAAGAGUACGGUAGGAUGGCGCUCACGGGUGGCGCUGCUGGAUGUGCGACGGGACAGCGGUAAGGCAGGUUGGUGAAGUCCCGUGGCGCUGCUGGAUGGGGAAAGAGCUUUGCGGGUUCCCUGGUCCUGCUGGUACGUGUGGCGACUAGGGCCCCACGGCCCCUUCCGAAACAGGAGCCUUCGGUGCCUUGCGUUCCGGUGCAUGCAUAUCAGCAUGCCUGCAUGUGACUGGCUUCCCUUACUUCGCAUUGUUAGUCUUAAACAAUCUUCGAUGCAUAUAUUAUGUUCAUCAUGCAAGCCCUGGAGCCUGCAGCCCUGCACGUGUCUGCAACCCCCGAGGCCCGCGUGUGUGCGCUUCCUAGUGCCCGCCAGCUGAGUUACAUGCUCCUAGCUCGGCGCACGACUCUGCACUUGCCGCUUCCCUCCGCUGCGCUCCACGUGCGCCAGUGAGUUGAGCUCCUGACCUGUCUUGACUUUGUCCCAGAAGGCUGAGUAUCCGAAAGGAUUCUGUGUGCUGUGUGUGUGCGUGUGCGAUGGGACAGUGGUACGGCAAGUUGGUGAAGUGCCGUAGGGUGCAGCUGAUUCCCAGAACCCAACAAAGGGCACACAAUUGGCAGCGGCAGGGCAGGAGUGCGCGGCUGGUCGAACGCCGGAGUUACUGUACCGACGAGUUGCUGGCUGGCUGGAAGUUUGCCGACGCGCGUGUGCGAUGGGACAGUGUCAAGGCAGGUGCUGUGCGUGUCAGAGCGGCCGGGCA